UUGCAUUUCACUAUCAGUUUUUGUGUUCAGUUGGUAAAAAAAAAAGUAAUUAAACGGAUAUAUUCAUGAAAUACGCAGCGUUAAUACUGCUAUGUGCAGUAGCACUGGCAAAAACUGAGGAUGGUUUAUACUCAAACGGCUGUCCAAAGGACUGGUCGAUUGAGCAACUGUUCCCUCAUCCAGAUUGCCAUAAAUUUUACCAAUGCUGGGAUGGACAGCUAGUCGUACACUCGUGCCCAUCUGACCUUUACUUCAGUAUAGAAGCAAAUCGUUGUGAAUGGUCCAAAGUCGUCGACUGCGCCGACAGGAACGUCCCGGAAAAGGAAUCUAACGAAGUUGAUGACAGCCAGGACGACAGCGGUGCUGGAGCCGGAAACUGUGAUCCUAGUCAAGCACCGGAAAUAUGCGCAGCAGAGGACUCGGCCGGAGUAUUAGUCGCUCAUGAAAAAUGUAACAAAUUCUACAUUUGUGAGAAUGGACUCCCUUUGGCAAUAAGCUGUCCAGCCAACCUACUCUUCAACCCCAAGACUGAUACAUGCGACUGGGCAGAAAAUGUUGACUGUGGAGACAGAAUUACUUCCGACGGUGACAACGGUGGUUGCGAUGGAAACUGUGACAAUGACAGCGACGAUGGUGCUGAUGACAACGGCAACGCUGGAGCUGGUAACUGCGAUCCUAGUCAGGCUCCUGAAAUCUGUGCUGCUGAAGGCUCUGAUAGUGUAUUGGUAGCUCAUGAAAAGUGCAACAAAUACUACAUUUGUGUUCACGGCAAGCCUGUACCAUUCCGCUGCCCAGGAAACCUUCUGUUUAACCCGCAGUCUGAUACAUGUGACUGGCCUGAGAACGUGAAUUGUGGUGACAGAGUUAUCCCUGACGGCGAGAAUGGCGGAAAUGGUAACGAAGAUAGUGGAAACGACAACAAUGGAAGUAACGAUAACAGUAGUAGCGAUAGCGAGAGUAACGAAAAUAAUGGUAACGACAACAAUGGAAGUAACGAUAACAGUAGUAGCGAUAGCGAGAGUAACGAAAGUAAUGGUAACGACAACAAUGGAAGUAACGAUAACAGUAGUAGCAAUAGCGAGAGUAACGAAAAUGAUGGUAACGACAGCGGUGAUGGUGAAAAUGGAAAUGUUGGAGCUGGUAACUGUGACCCUAGCCAAGCCCCAGAAAUCUGUGCCGCAGACGAUUCAGACAGUAUCCUCGUUGCUCAUGAAAAAUGUAAUAAAUUCUACAUUUGCAAUGGAGGCAGGCCUACAGCUCUUAGUUGCCCCGGUAAUUUACUUUUCAACCCCAAGACUGACACAUGUGACUGGCCUGAGAACGUAGACUGUGGAGACCGCGUUAUCCCUGAUGGAGAGAGUGGUGGAAAUGGUAACGAAGAGAGUGGAAAUGACAAUGGUGGUCACGACAACAAUGGAAGUAACGAGAGCGGCAGCGACAAUGGAGGUAAUGAUAACGGUAAUGGCAAUGUUGGAGCUGGCAACUGUGACCCCAGCCAGGCCCCCGCAAUCUGUGCUGCAGAUGAUUCAGACAGCAUCCUCGUUGCUCAUGAGAAAUGCAACAAGUUCUACAUCUGUAAUGGAGGCAGUCCUGUAGCCGUGAGGUGCCCAGCCAAUCUUCUUUUCAACCCUCAGACUGACACAUGUGACUGGCCUGAGAACGUAGACUGUGGAGACCGCGUCAUCCCUGAUGGCGAGAGCAGUGGAAAUGGUAACGACAAUGGUGGUAGCGACAACGGUGGUAGCGACAACGGUGGUAGCGACAACGGUGGUAGCAACAACGGUGGUAAUGGCAACGGCAAUGAAAAUGUUGGAGCUGGUAACUGCGACCCAAGCCAGGCUCCCGCAAUCUGCGCCGCAGAAGAUUCAGAUGGCAUCCUUGUUGCUCACGAGAAAUGCAAUAAGUUCUACAUUUGCAAUGGUGGCAGGCCUGUAGCCCUUGGUUGCCCUGGUAACCUUCUCUUCAACCCCAAUACUGACACCUGUGACUGGCCGGAGAACGUUGACUGUGGAGAUCGCGUCAUCCCUGACGGUGAUAGCAACAACGGUGGUAGCGAUAACGGUGGUAGCGAUAACGGUGGUAGUGACAACGGUGGCAAUGAUAACGGAAAUGGAAAUGUUGGAGCUGGUAACUGCGACCCAAGCCAGGCUCCCGCAAUCUGUGCCGCAGAAGAUUCAGAUGGAAUCCUUGUUGCUCACGAGAAAUGCAAUAAGUUCUACAUUUGCAACGGUGGCAGCCCUGCAGCCCUCAGUUGCCCCGGUAACCUUCUCUUCAACCCCAAUACUGACACAUGUGACUGGCCUGAGAACGUAGACUGUGGAGACCGCGUCAUCCCUGAUGGCGAGAGCGGUGGAAAUGGUAACGAUAAUGGUGGUAGCGACAACGGCGGUAGCGACAACGGUGGUAGCAACAACGGUGGUAAUGACAACGGCAAUGAAAAUGUUGGAGCUGGUAACUGCGACCCCAGUCAGGCUCCCGCAAUCUGCGCCGCAGAAGAUUCAGACAGUAUCCUCGUUGCUCAUGAAAAAUGUAAUAAAUUCUACAUUUGCAAUGGAGGCAGGCCUACAGCUCUCAGUUGCCCCGGUAAUUUACUUUUCAACCCCAAGACUGACUCAUGUGACUGGCCUGAGAACGUAGACUGUGGAGACCGCGUUAUCCCUGAUGGAGAGAGUGGUGGAAAUGGUAACGAAGAGAGUGGAAAUGACAAUGGUGGUCACGACAACAAUGGCAGUAACGAGAACGGUAGCGACAAUGGAGGUAAUGAUAACGGUAAUGACAAUGUUGGAGCUGGCAACUGUGACCCAAGCCAGGCCCCCGCAAUCUGUGCUGCAGAUGAUUCAGACAGCAUCCUCGUUGCUCAUGAGAAAUGCAACAAGUUCUACAUCUGUAAUGGAGGCAGUCCUGUAGCUGUGAGGUGCCCAGCCAAUCUUCUUUUCAACCCUCAGACUGACACAUGUGACUGGCCUGAGAACGUAGACUGUGGAGACCGCGUCAUCCCUGAUGGCGAGAGCGGUGGAAAUGGUAACGACAAUGGUGGUAGCGACAACGGUGGUAGCGACAACGGUGGUAGCGACAACGGUGGUAGCGACAACGGUGGUAGCGACAACGGUGUUAGCGACAACGGCAAUGAAAAUGUUGGAGCUGGUAACUGCGACCCAAGCCAGGCUCCCGCAAUCUGCGCCGCAGAAGAUUCAGAUGGCAUCCUUGUUGCUCACGAGAAAUGCAAUAAGUUCUACAUUUGCAAUGGUGGCAGCCCUGUAGCCCUUGGUUGCCCUGGUAACCUUCUAUUCAAUCCCAAUACUGACACCUGUGACUGGCCGGAGAACGUUGACUGUGGAGAUCGCGUCAUCUCUGACGGUGAUAGCAACAAUGGUGGUAGUGACAACGGUGGUAGCGACAACGGUGGUAGCGACAACGGUGGCAAUGAUAACGGAAAUGGAAAUGUUGGAGCUGGUAACUGCGACCCAAGCCAGGCUCCCGCAAUCUGUGCCGCAGAAGAUUCAGAUGGAAUCCUUGUUGCUCACGAGAAAUGCAAUAAGUUCUACAUUUGCAAUGGUGGCAGCCCUGUAGCCCUCAGUUGCCCCGGUAACCUUCUCUUCAACCCCAAUACUGACACAUGUGACUGGCCUGAGAACGUUGACUGUGGAGAUCGCGUCAUCCCUGACGGUGAUAGCCACAACGGUGGUAGUGACAAUGGUGGCAGCGACAACGGUGGCAGCGACAACGGUGGUAGUGACAACGGUGGCAACGAUAACGGAAAUGGAAAUGUUGGAGCUGGUAACUGCGACCCAAGCCAGGCUCCCGCAAUCUGUGCCGCAGAAGAUUCAGAUGGCGUCCUUGUUGCUCACGAAAAAUGUAACAAGUUCUACAUUUGCGACGGUGGCAGCCCUGUAGCCCUUCGUUGCCCUGGUAACCUUCUCUUCAACCCCAAUACUGACACCUGUGACUGGCCUGAGAACGUUGACUGUGGAGAUCGCGUCAUCCCUGACGGUGAUAACGACAACGGUGGUAUUGACAAUGGUGGCAGCCACAACGGUGGUAGCGACAACGGUGGUAACGACAACGGUGGUAGCGACAACGGUGGUAGUGACAACGGUGGCAAUGAUAACGGAAACGGAAAUGUUGGAGCUGGUAACUGCGACCCAAGCCAGGCUCCCGCAAUCUGUGCCGCAGAAGAUUCAAACGGCGUCCUGGUUGCUCACGAGAAAUGCAAUAAAUUCAACAUUUGCAAUGGUGGCAGCCCUGUAGCCCUUAGUUGCCCUGGUAACCUUCUCUUCAACCCCAAUACUGACACAUGUGACUGGCCUGAAAACGUUGACUGUGGAGAUCGCAUCAUCCCUAACGGUGAAAGUGGUGGAAAUGGAAACGAGGAAAGCGGAAACAACAAUGGUGGUAACAACAACAAUGAGAGUAACGAAAACGGUAGCGAAAAUGGUGGUAAUGAUAACGGAAAUAGCAAUGUUGGAGCUGGUAACUGCGACCCAAGCCAGGCUCCCGCAAUCUGUGCCGCAGAAGAUUCAAACGGCAUCCUUGUUGCUCACGAGAAAUGUAACAAGUUCUACAUUUGCCAUGGUGGCAGCCCUGCAGCCCUCAGUUGCCCCGGUAACCUUCUCUUCAACCCCAAUACUGACACUUGUGACUGGCCUGAGAAUGUGGACUGUGGGGACCGCGUCAUCCCUGGCGGUGAAAGUGGUGGAAACGAUAACGAAGGCGGUAGCAGUGACAACGGUGGUAGUGAUAACGGUGAUGCUGGAAAUGAUAGCAACGACAGUGGAAACAACGGGCCCUGUAAUUGUAACCCUAACGAAGCACCUGAGAUUUGCGCUGCUGAAGACUCCGAUGGAGUAUUGAUUGCUCACGAUAAUUGCAACAAGUUCUACGUAUGUGGUCAAGGAAAGCCUUUCCCUAUAUCAUGCCCAUCCGGUCUUCUGUACAACCCUCACAAAGGCGUAUGUGACUGGCCAGAGAAUGUUGAAUGUGGAGAUCGCGUAAUCCCUGAUGGCGAAAGUGGAAAUGGUAACGAAGAGAGUGGAAACGACAAUGGUGGUAACAACAACGGAGACAGUAACAACGGUGGUAACGACAACGGUGGAAAUGAUAACGGAAACGACAAUGUUGGUGCUGGUAACUGUGACCCUAGCCAAGCUCCUGCAAUCUGUGCAGCAGAUGACUCAGAAAGGGUUCUUGUAGCUCACGAAAAAUGCAAUAAAUUCUACGUUUGUAAUGGAGGCAACCCUGUCACUCUUCGUUGCCCUGGCAACCUCCUCUUCAACCCCAAGACUGACACAUGUGACUGGCCUGAGAAUGUAGACUGUGGAGACCGCGUCAUCCCUAACGGCGAAAGUGGUGGUAACGAUAACGAAGGCGGUAGCAAUGACAACGGUGGAAGUGAUAACGGUGAUGCUGGAAAUGAUAGCAACGACAGUGGAAACAACGGGCCCUGUAAUUGUAACCCCAACGAAGCACCUGAGAUUUGCGCUGCCGAAGACUCCGAUGGAGUAUUGAUUGCUCACGAUAACUGCAACACGUUCUACGUAUGUGGUCAAGGAAAACCUUUCCCUAUAUCAUGCCCAUCCGGUCUUCUGUACAAUCCUCACAAAGGCGUAUGUGACUGGCCAGAAAAUGUUGAUUGUGGAGAUCGCGUAAUCCCUGAUGGCGAAAGUGGAAAUGGUAACGAAGAGAGUGGAAACGACAAUGGUGGUAAUGACAACGGUGAUAGUAACAACGGUGGUAACGACAACGGAGACAGCAACAACGGCGGUAACGAUAACGGUGGAAAUGAUAACGGAAACGACAAUGUUGGUGCUGGUAACUGUGACCCUAGCCAAGCUCCUGCAAUCUGUGCAGCAGAUGAAUCGGAAGGCGUUCUUGUAGCUCACGAAAAAUGCAACAAAUUCUACGUUUGUAAUGGAGGCAACCCUGUCACUCUUCGUUGCCCUGGCAACCUCCUCUUCAACCCCAAGACUGACACAUGUGACUGGCCUGAAAAUGUAGACUGUGGAGACCGCGUCAUUCCUGAUGGCGAAAGUGGUGGAAACGAUAACGAAGGUGGUAGCAAUAACAACGGUGGUAAUGAUAACGGUGAUGCUGGAAAUGAUAGCAACGACAGUGGAAACAACGGGCCCUGUAAUUGUAACCCCAACGAAGCACCUGAGAUUUGCGCUGUCGAAGAUUCCGAUGGAGUAUUGAUUGCUCACAAUAAAUGCAACGAGUUCUACGUAUGUGGUGGAGGAAAACCUUUCGCUCUGCCAUGCCCAUCUGGUCUUCUGUACAACCCUCACAAGGGCGUGUGCGACUGGCCAGAGAACGUCGAUUGUGGAGACAGAAUAAUCGGUGGCGAUGAGAACAACGACAGUGGUAACAAUGAGAACGGUGGUAAUGAUAACGAUAACAAUGGAUCAUGCAACUGUAACCCCGGCCAAGCCCCUGCCAUCUGCGCUGCAGAUGGUUCAGAUGGUGUGCUGAUCGCUCACGAAAUAUGCAACAAUUUUUACGUUUGUGGAAACACGAAACCAGUAUCCUUCCGCUGUCCAGUCAAUCUUGUUUACAACCCAUACACUGAAACAUGCGAUUGGGCCGAGAAUGUAGAUUGCAAUGGCAGAGAAGAAGCUGGCAGCGAAGACAGUGCUAAUGAUAUCAAUGGAGAUGGAAAUGUUGGAGCUGGCAAUCACGACCCUAGCCUAGCGCCGAUUAUCUGCGCUGAUGAAAAAGCUGAAGGUGUACUCGUAGCUCAUGAAGAAUGUGACAAAUUCUAUACUUGUGGUAACGGUGAGCCCGUAACUCUUAGAUGCCCUGCUAACCUGUUCUUCAACCCCUCCGCCGACCAGUGCGACUGGCCUUCAAACGUAAAUUGCGGCGAAAGAACCAUUCCCAGCGGCUUCGAAGCAUCUUUUAACAAACAUUUGGUAGCUCGCCGUGCGCUUAUCCGGUCAUUGUAAAUUUUUAAUUUGUUAAAUAUAAUAAAAUAUCAAGAUCUUCAUGCUUCAAAAUUGCAGCAUAAACUAUAAUCUAUACAACUAUAACUACUAUACGCUGUUAUUACAUUUUUUUUGGAAAAUUAACUUAAAAUUGUCAUCAAAUAUAACUAAUUUAUGAAAUAAACUAUGUAUUCCAAGCA